GUGUGUGUGUGUGUGUGUGUGUGUGUGUGUGUGUGUGUGUGUGGCAGAGACAGCGACUGAGGGGAAACAAAAAGAACGAGUCUGCCUGUGGGCUAUUGAGUUCAAGUGUGUGAGUGCGUCCGCGUUGCGCGUGGCUUGGCCCCGUGGUCUGAGUGUGUGUGUGUACGUGAGAGAGUGUGGUUAAAAGACGGGGUGUGUUUAUGAGAAAUACAGAUCGCGCGCGCGCGCACCCGCGCGCGUGUGUGUGUGUGUGUUUACACAGACGGGAAUACUGCGCCAGAGGAAGUGCGCCCGUUCUCCGUCUGCGCGUCCCGACUUCCUGCUCUGAGACAGGAGAGAGAAAAGCUGCGGAUCCGCUUUCAGACAGCGGGGCAGCAGCAGCAGCAGCAUGGAGCCCCAAUACAGCACACACACACCGCUGUAAAGCCCCAAACGCACACAUCACGCACGGGCAGACGACAGAGGAGCAGCCGCCGUCCACAGCUGGAUCUCCGGUGUCUCCUUGGUGUUCCCCUGUCAUGGAGAGCUCCAUCACUCUCUGGCAGUUCCUGCUGCAGCUGCUGCUCGACCAAAGCCACAAACAUCUCAUCUGCUGGACGUCUAAUGACGGCGAGUUCAAACUGCUCAAGUCAGAGGAAGUGGCCAAGCUGUGGGGGCUGCGCAAGAACAAGACCAACAUGAACUAUGACAAGCUGAGCAGGGCGCUGCGAUACUACUACGACAAAAACAUCAUCAAGAAGGUGAUCGGCCAGAAGUUUGUCUACAAGUUUGUGUCUUUCCCUGACAUCCUGAAGAUGGACCCGGCCGUGGUGGAGUCGGGUCGCAGCAGUGAGGAGAGCGUCGGGGCCACAUCAGAGCCUGAGGCCGAGGACGAGGACGGCGCUGACAGGAAGCAGUACCUCCACUCUGGCCUAUACUCCUCCUUCAGCAUCAGCUCCCUGCAGCGCUCCCUAGAGCGACACCGGCCCAUCAAGACUGAGCCCAGGUCCGAUCGCCAUGACGACAGCUCUUCCGUCAUCCGGUUCAUAACCAACCGUGGCCACUCCUCCCUCCCCUCCACCCCACCUCCAUCCUCCACCGAGAACCCCCACCUCUCCAGGCUGUCCCCUCGGCUUGCCGGCUCCUCCUCCUGCUCCUCCUCCCCUCCGCAAAGCCCCGCCCACACUCUGGGGAGGGGGCGGGGCCAGAUCCCAGAUACUGAUGAGUCAGAGUCCAGCGCUCAGCCUCUGAACCUGUCGUCUGGUCAGAGGGAGAGGGAGAGGUCACAGAGCACGACCACACCAGAGAGGAGGGGACUGGCCAACGGCACGCCAACCAAGAGCAGGAAACCAAAAAGUCUGAAAAUCUCCUCCUCCUCCCUCCUCCUAACAGGCAGCGACCUCGUCUCCAUCGCUCUCAACAGCCCGGCACUGCCUUCAGGGUCCCUGACACCCACCUUCCUCACCACACAGACUCCGUCUGGUCUGCUGCUCACUCCCAGUCCUCUGCUCUCCAAUAUCCGUUUCUGGUCCAGCCUGAGUCCGGUGGGACCCCUGAGUCCCGCCCAGCUCCAGAGUCAUGCACCCUUCUUCCAGUUCCCCACUCUGCUGAACGGACCCCUUCCUGUGCCUUUACCCAGCGUGGACGCUGCUUCUCCUCUGCUGCUCUCCUCCACGUCCCACAAGUCCUGAUGCCAGACCGAGCUCCAGGAGCGAACUGGGCCAAAGCAGCCAGAGCUGGGCACAAAUCAGAACCAAACCAAUAAUCAUUAAACUGUCACGAUGAACCACACAGGAUCUGGACUUCAUCUGAGUCCAGCCACCAUUUGGUUUUUAGACCUGUUCCUUUGCAUUUGUUACAGAAGAAACAGGAGCUUCACUCUGAAGCUAUGCUCUCUGAGAAGAGUGUUUGCAUUAGACAUUUCAUUGUACGUUUGUUUACCGCACUCAACAUCUGUGUUUAGUCUUUUGCUUUUUUUCAGCACAUAAACCCCUAAAUUUCUUUUCAUACAAAGAAAUGAGUGGAGGUUAGACUUCAAAGAUACAUCUCAUCUCAUUUUAAAAGCCAUCUCCUUCCACUCUGUCUUGAAGAUCCGUGAUACAGACUGGUUAAAACUGUAUUCAUGUCAUUUCUAUUUUUCCUGCUCAUUUGACUAAUCCCAGUAUCCACACCGCUGACUCAGAGAAAGGAUUACAAUCCCUCACUGAGCCAGAGAGAUGGAACCUAGAAUGGCAGAAUCUCCUCUUACUAGACUCAAGAACAGCUUUUUAUUUAAAUAGACAUGAUUGUUGUGCUCCCAAACGAUUAAAUGUGGCACAGAAAUUUGCUUUCUUGUAUAGGAGUUACACAACAAGACUGUUUACAUUUGUAUAAAAUGAAGCUACAGCCAGGAGACAUUAGCUUGCUAGGCUUGUUGGGUAGGGGUCUCAAGACGGCAUUAUAAGUACCUGACAAGUGGUGAUGUAGCCCUCCUCUGUUUAGAGAUGGCCUCUUUGACUCGUCUCUCAAACUAUGUCUUCUCUGUGCUUAAUGUUCUCAAAGGAGUGUCUCUUAUCCAACGGAGGGAAGUGAACUGCUGAGUUUCAUCCAGUAAUUUAUCCAGUAAUUUAUGUAUCGGUCUGUGCACUCCUCACUGCAUCACAGUUAGUGAACUUCAGAGGAGCUGACAAGCAGAUUUUCUGACCUUCGCACAGAGCCAAACUACCUGUUUUCCCCCACUUCAAGUCUUCAUGCUAGGCUACAUGUCAAUCUUCCCAUCUAACUCUCAGCAAGAAAGCAAAGAAUCAUACAUCAUUUCCCCAAAUCUCAAAGAAUUCACCCAAACAGACUAAUAACUGGAUAAUUAGAUGCUACAUGCUUCAGAGGCCAGUAAAGAAAUCACCGUUGAUGAUAUUGUGCUUUUCCUCACCAAUACUUUAAUUUAACAGACCCUACAUUGCAGGUCUCAGGAUUAUUGUUACACAAUGUAAAUAAUCCAGAUGUUGAUCCUUUGAGCUGGAAAUGUGAACAUGAGAUGGAACUUUCACUGACUCCUAGCAGAGCACCUGCUAGCCAGAGCGCUACAAUGCUGUGGAAGUCUUCUUUUUUUUCUGUAAAAUUUCCCAAAUUUAUUUUAAUGCACUGUACUUUUUUAGCCUUGUACCAGCUGUGCCUUCCAUAAUGUAAGAUUAAUGUAAAUGUGUUAAGCUUUAACAGACAUGCCAGGUCAAACUGCACAAUGGCUCCUGGUUAUUUUUAUAGUGAAUUCAUGGAAGUGUAUUCUCAGUGAUUUGCUUGUUUUCAGCAGUUUUUAAAAUGAAUUCCACUGUUUUUAGAAUAAAAUGAAUGAAUUUCCUGCACAA